AGGGAGAGGCCCAGCCGGUGCCGGGGCCCGAAGCGGGACCCAGCGGCACCGGAACCGGAACCGGGGCGAUGCCGAGCAAGAAGAAGAAAUACAACGCGCGGUUCCCGCCGGCACGGAUCAAGAAGAUCAUGCAGACGGAUGAGGAGAUCGGGAAGGUGGCGGCCGCCGUCCCCGUCAUCAUCUCCCGUGCCCUGGAGCUCUUCCUGGAGUCGCUGCUGCGGAAGGCCUGCCACGUCACCCAGUCCCGCAAUGCCAAGACCAUGACCACCUCCCACCUGAAGCAAUGCAUCGAGCUGGAGCAGCAGUUCGACUUCCUUAAGGAUUUAGUGGCCGCCGUACCGGAUAUGCAAGGGGAAGGCGAGGAGCCCCAUGGCGAUGGGGAGAGGGGGCCCCGCAGGGGUCGUCGCCCCGGAGCCGGCCGGAAGAACGGGGGUCCCGGUGGGAAGGGGAAGGAUCCCAAACAGUCAGGAACGGACACGGAGCAGGAGGAGGACUCUGAGGACAGUGACAGCGAUGGGGAGGAGGAGCCAGCACCGCCCCCCCCCGCACCCGCCCCCCUUAACUUCUCCAGCCCGGGGGGGCCUUUUGCACCCUUGGGGCCCCCCCCAACAUUACCAGGGGGGCUCCCCCCAGCCCCCGGCCCCCCCCGGGCCCGCGAGGAAGAGGAAGAGGAGGAAGAUUACGACUCCUGACACCCCCAAACACCCCCCCCU